CAAAUGUCAUUUGUCAAAUUGUCUAAUGUGUGUUUAUAAUAUUUUUGUUUUGCAAAAAAUGGUGAACUUCUCUUACAACUAUAAUUUUCUCAGUUGAUUUAUUUUUAUUUAAAAAUGGAUUUUCCGGCAACGCCUUCUAACGCAUCGGAUAGUAAUGAAUAUCCUGCGACACCAUCACAAUUUGAAUCAGCCCAAGAUAACACUAAACGACGCAGCUCAUCGAGAUCUAUUAAACGAAGACGUUUCGAUGAUGAGCUUGUCGAAUACAGUUUGGGAUUGCCGGGAGCGUCACUCGGCAAGGGUGAAAAGAGAAUGCGUACUCAAUCCUACACGAGUCAGUUACCUGAAUUCCCAAUAUCCAGCGCUCCUGCAACACCCGUAGCACCUGUUCCAGAACGAAGAAAACCUAGUAAAAUUUCAGCUGGAGGAAGUAUGGGACGCAAGUCUCGUCGUAAAGGUCAAUUGAGUCAAUUAUCAACUAAGGAUUUAGGACGAUGGAAACCGACAGAUGAUUUGGCGCUAAUAUUGGGAGUUCAACAGACAAAUGAUUUACGCACAGUUCACCGUGGUGUCAAAUUCUCCUGUCGUUUCACUGUGGGUGAGCUGCAGUCUCGUUGGUAUGCUCUGCUGUAUAAUGCGGAGAUCUCAAGAGUAGCAUUUGCUGCAAUGAGGAACUUGCACCCUGACCUGGUAGCGGCAGUGCAGCAGCAAGCACUCUAUUCUACUGCUGAAGAAGAGUUGCUUGGAACUCUUCCUAGUAACUCCCAUCCAGCCGUGGAGAAAUUCCAAGAGCUAUUGGAACAGAACCCACAUGUGUUCUAUCCAACCAGAACUGCUAAAAGUUUGAUGGAACAUUGGCAACUGUUGAAACAAUACCAUUUGUUACCUGAUCAAACUGUGCAGCCUUUGCCUAAAAAUCCAGAAGCCAUAAUGACAUUCUCUGAUGCGGAGGAAACUAUGAAUGAUUCAGAAUUACCAGAUUAUAAAGAGGAUGGCAUUGAUGUUGAAAUGCAGCUUGCUGACAGAAUCGAAAAGAAAGACAUAAGGCUACUAGAAAGUUCGCUGACGCGAUGGCAAGUGCUCGUACAGUCUGUGGCCGGUGGGAACGUGGAGUUGGACAAGAACACACUGGCUGUGCUGCGGGGACGACUCGUUAGAUACCUCAUGCGGUCCAGAGAGAUAGCUGUGGGUCGAAGUACAAGGGAUCAUACGAUCGAUGUCGAUCUGAGUUUGGAAGGGCCCGCGGCCAAAGUGUCCCGGAAGCAAGCGACCAUCAGGCUGAGGAAUAGCGGCGAGUUUUUCAUGUCCUCUGAAGGAAAGCGGCCUAUAUUCGUGGACGGCAGACCGGUUCUUCAAGGGAAUAAAGUGAAACUUAAUCACAAUAGUGUAAUUGAGAUAGCCGGCCUUCGCUUCGUGUUCCUCAUUAACCAAGACCUCAUCAGCGCCAUCAGACAAGAAGCCGUCAAAGUCAAUAUACCAGUUUGAUUAUUAAUAAACGUUAAACAAAUUAAAAA